AUGAAUGAAAGUAUCAACCAAGACCUACCUAGGAAUAAUAAUGUUGAAAAUAAUUCUGCUUCGAAUGAACGUUCUCUUCCUCCCGCGAGUAACGAAAAUCAGUCACAAACUUCUAGUAUUCGGGGAAAAACUGAUCCUGCUUGGAGAUACGUUACUUUACAAAAUAUAAAUGGAAAACCGCAUUACCAAUGCUUAUUUUGUCUGAGUACUUUUGAGGGCGGGGGAAUUAAUAGAAUGAAAAAGCAUUUGGCGAAGAUAGGUGGAGACAUUAAGAAGUGUUCUAAGGUCCCGUAUGAUGUAAAAAAACAAAUGGAAGGUUUAUUGAAAGAGAUUCAAAAAAGUAAAACUAGUAAAAGGAAAGUAAAUUUCAAUAAAGAGGGUACCGAUGAGUGUGAGGAUGCAAUUCAUGAAGCAAUAGCGCAAGAGGAACAACAAACUCCGAGUCAGUUACCAACUAAGGAGGUUGUUGGAGGCGAUCCAAAAAAGAAAGCAAAAACCAUUAUUCCUCCUAUGUUUGCACCAAGAACAACUCCGGGAAGUCAACCAAGUCUGAAAAGCGUGUUUCAAAACAAAGAGGUGCUUCAUGAAAUUGAUAAGCAAGUGGCUAGAUGGCUUUUGCAUUGUAGGAUUCCUUUCAAUGCGGUUAUGUCACCUUUUUUUCAAGAUAUGUUGGAUGGUGUAGUUGGAUUUGGGCCUGGUUAUAAAGGUCCUUCUUAUGACUCUUUGAGGGUUAACUUAUUAGCCGAUCUCAAAAGGGAGUGUCAAAUGGUUGUUGAUAGCUAUAGGUCUGCUUGGAAAAAAACUAGAUGUACUCUCAUGGCUGAUGAUGCCUCAAGUAUGGUUAAAAAUGCUUCAAGCUUGUGCGACUUGUUUUCAGAGGUGAUUGAAUGGAUUGGACCUGAUAAUGUUAUUCAUGUAGUGACCGAUAAUGUUGCGAAUUAUGUUGCUGCUGGUAGGCUUAUUAAUAAGAAAUUUGAAAAUAUUCACUGGUCACCUUGUGCUGCUCAUUGCUUGAAUCUUAUUCUAAAAGAUAUAAGCAGCAUGCCACAUAUUUCUAGCCUUGCAACACGUGCUUCGAAGAUUACCGUGUUUGUAUAUAAUCAUACGGUAUUCUUGUCCUGGCUAAGACAAAAAACUUAUUGGAGGGAGAUUGUUCGUCCAGGUGCAACUCGUUUUGCCACUAUCUUCCUCACAUUGAUGAGUAUCUUUAAGCACAAAUUGGAAUUACAACAAUUGGUUGUUGAUACACACUUUACCGGACACAAAUUAGGAAGGAGUGCUAAUGGUAGAGCUGUGAGUGCAAUUAUCCUAGACAAUAAAUUUUGGGAUGAUUGUUUUACUGUAUGCCAAAUUGUGAGUCCGUUGAUUAAAUUGCUGAGGUUUGUAGAUGCCGAUGAUAAACCAUCAUUGGGAAUUGUUUAUGAAGGUAUGCUGAGGUCAGAAAAUGGAAUCAAAGAAAUGUUCAAGCAUAGGAAGACUGAAUAUCAACCUUACAUAGAGAUUAUCAACUCAAGAUGGGACAAACAUUUGAAAAAAAAUCUUCACGCAGCAGCCUAUUUCUUGAAUCCUGAUUGCUUUUUUUCUGAAAAUUAUAGAGAAUCACCUGAUGUUAUGCGAGUUUUACUUGAUCUUGUUACAUUGUAUUGCAAGGUUAAUAAUUUAGAUCCAGUUGAGGCAAUGAAAGAAAUACACUUAUAUAGAGAUCGAAAGGAAAGCUUUGAUAGGCCUGAAGCUGUUCCAGCUGCAAAAAAACUUCAACCUGAUAAUAAUAUCUAUGAUAUUGAUGCUGAUUUAGAUCAAGGUGGUGGUGGUGGUAGUACUAGUACAUUUUAUGCUACACCACUUGCUUUUUCUGGUCUAAGUAGUGGAAAUGAAGGUGAUGAAAUCAAUGACGCAAAUCUGCAGCAAGUUAUGGAGGAUUUUGAUGAUUGA